AUGGAGAGUCAAGCUGUGAGAAGAAGAGCGAAUGUUAUUGCAGCCCAUCUAGCUUCUCAUGAAGAUAUAUCAGCCACUGCCACACACGUUUUCCCCAUGCAACAGUCUGAACUCCGUCAUCCGGGGAGAUACGACAACAGGAUGUACUUUGCUCGGCAAGGCUCAGAUUCUCAAGGUUACCACAUGAGACAGGCUAUGAAUGAACAGGGCAACUACGUGCAACCCAGCAUGCCUUCGCAAUCCACGGAUUCUGGAAAGAAGGGGUCUACUUCUCUUGAUGCACCAUCGUAUGCUAGGCCUGCUCGAGUGGAACCCGGUUUUCCACCUUUCAGAAGCAUUGAUGCUUCGGAAGGUCCUGUGUGA